AUGAUCCGACCGGAUGACGAGGGAGCGUCCGGCGCCUCCUCGGCGCGGUUCGACCGUUUUCGGGACACGGAGGGAGACGUUAGCCGGGCGUCCUUGCGUCGGCAACAGAAGAACCUGGACGGUUAUGUGGGCUUUGCGAACCUCCCCAACCAAGUGUACAGAAAGUCUGUGAAGAGAGGCUUCGAGUUCACGCUAAUGGUCGUAGGGGAAUCAGGACUGGGGAAGUCCACGCUCAUCAACUCGCUGUUCCUCACAGAUCUGUACUCGGCAGAAUAUCCUGGACCUUCUCACAGGAUCAAGAAGACCGUACAGGUGGAGCAGUCCAAGGUUUUGGUGAAGGAGGGCGGGGUGCAGCUUCUGCUCACCAUCGUGGACACGCCCGGCUUCGGAGACGCGGUGGACAACAGCAACUGUUGGCAGCCGGUGACCGAUCACAUCGACAGUAAAUUCGAGGAUUAUCUAAACGCAGAGUCGCGCGUCAACCGGCGGCAGAUGCCCGACAACAGAGUGCACUGCUGCCUGUACUUCAUCGCCCCCUCUGGACACGGACUGAAGCCGCUGGAUAUCGAGUUCAUGAAACGGUUACACGAGAAGGUAAACAUCAUCCCGCUCAUCGCCAAAGCCGACACGCUCACUCCAGAGGAGUGCCAACAGUUCAAGAAGCAGAUCAUGAGAGAGAUCCAGGAGCACAAAAUCAAAAUCUACGAGUUUCCUGAGACGGACGACGAAGAGGAGAACAAGCUGGUGAAGAAGAUUAAGGAUCGACUCCCACUGGCUGUGGUGGGCAGUAACACCAUCAUCGAGGUGAACGGCAAGCGCGCGAGAGGGCGGCAGUACCCGUGGGGCGUGGCUGAAGUGGAGAACGGAGAGCACUGCGACUUCACGAUCCUCCGAAACAUGCUCAUCAGGACCCACAUGCAGGACCUGAAGGACGUGACCAACAACGUCCACUACGAGAACUAUCGCAGCAGGAAACUGGCCGCCGUCACCUACAACGGCACCGACAACAACAAGACCAAAGGCCAGCUGACCAAAGUUGAAACAGUUGACGGCAUGAGCCCGCUGGCACAGAUGGAGGAGGAGAGGAGGGAGCACGUGGCCAAGAUGAAGAAGAUGGAGAUGGAAAUGGAGCAGGUGUUCGAGAUGAAGGUCAAAGAGAAGCUGCAGAAGCUGAAAGACUCUGAGGCGGAGCUGCAGAGACGUCACGAGCAGAUGAAGAAGAACCUGGAGGCUCAGCACAGGGAGCUGGAGGAGAAGAGGAGGCAGUUCGAGGAGGAAAAGGCCAACUGGGAGACUCAGCAGCGCCUGGUGGAGCAGCAGAAACUCGACGCCUCCAGGACUCUGGAGAAGAACAAAAAGAAGAAGAUCUUCUAAAGUGUUCCAGCCACCAACACGUACCAGUUGCCAACAACGCCAGCCUGGACUGUCUGCCAAUCAACCAAAAUGAAAUGUGUGUAAGGGGGGGUGGUUUUACUCCCGAUCAUCUUUGUUUUUUUUACCUGUUUUACCCCCCGCCAGGGCCAGAAUCUGCCCUUUGUGUCAGUUCAGCUCGAUUAUUAAUGAGGGAAAUUUAUGUUAGGGCGGCGUGGCAUCGGUGCCUGCGGUACAGCCGUGCCAUGUUUUUUUUUUUUAACCCUAAUAAUAAAUAAAGCUUUUUAGUUCAUUCUGAUCAUUUUCUUUCUUUUCAGUGGUACAGAAAUACGAUCGGUCGGCGUGUUGUGACAUCAUUACUCAACAUCCUUGAUGUUGUGAUGUCAUAACGCCGCUUUACUGUCAAUCCUUCUGUAAGUUUUGGGUCAGUGCUUUAAUUUAACUCUUUCAUUACGAUGCAGUGUAGGUUAGACGGCCGCUCUCCCCCCAGAACCCCCUCUUCCUUUUUAUUUUUACCACCCUCACCCCCCUUCCCCAGCACACGCCGACAGACUCCGUCUGUAGAGACCGGAAGGCUGCAGGACACCUCAGGCCAUCUCUUCGUUUUGAUAAACGCUCUUUUUGUUCGUUUUGUUUGUUUUUUUAUUUUAAUAAACCAAACGUGUGGCUUCAUAUUUUUCUUUUUCUCUUUAGGAAAUGUUAAGCUUUGUUUAAUUUAAGUUAUCCAGCCUCGGACCGCAUUAUUGUGUAACUUCUAUUUUCUUUCUAUUGUCGUCGUCGUUUAUGCAAAUUCUUACGUUUCGUCUCGUCUUCGUCCUUUGUGUCCUGAUCAAAUAUUGACCCGGUUUACGGAGACGCUGGGCUAAAUUGUUUCUGGGUUUUUUUUUUUUUUUUAUCAUCAUGUCCCCCUUUGCACUGUAUCACAGUCGUUUGAUCUCCACCCUAAAUUUAGAGCUCAUGAGCAAGUGCCCAGUUGCUCCAGAGUGGCACAAAAUCACACCUCUGGUCUUAUUUCUUGCAUUCGCCAGAGCCACCGUGGUCGUAAGUCCAUAAAACGAGGAUGAUUAGGUCCUGGAUUUUGGAUGAAUUGAAACCCUGUGUGUGCAUGUGUCAGAUAGGAGGAAGCACGUGUUAGGCCCUGUGUUAGCCCCAAUCCUCCCAUAUGGGUAGCUGUUAAAUAAAAUGUGACGAUGCAAUAUGGUUAUAUCACUACUGCCAGCCUGAUGUGAUCAGUUUGUAGGGAUCUAGUGGUGCAAUCCCUUUCUCAGGGUGGUCAGGGAUGCCAAGACUGCCAAUUAGAUGCCACAAGCAUUUGAUCCAAAGCGACUUACAGUACUGUGACAGUAUACUGUCUUAGCAAUUGGGGGUUAAGGGCCCAACAGUGGCAACCAGUGACCUUAACCACUAGUCUACAACCGCCCCUAUGUACCACAUGUACCACAGUACCAUCGUCUAAUGGAACCCUAAAUACAUCUAAUUGGGUAGCACUGUCGCCUCACAGCAUUAAGGUCCUGAGUUCGAUCCCCAGGUGGGGCGGUCCGGGUCGUCUCUGUAUGGAGUUUGCAUGUUCUCCCCUCCUCCCAAAGUCCAAAGACGUGCAAGUGAGGUGAAUUGGAGACACAAAAUUGUCCAUGACUGAACUGAUGAACCUUGUGUAACCAGUAACUACUGUUCCUGUUAGGAAUGUAACCACAGUGCAUUAAAAUCCUAACAAACAAACAUCCAGUGCAGGUUUUAGAAGCUUCCAGAACUGAAGCAACUCAGUUUAAAAAGAAAAAUCUGGUUAUUUAUAUGUUAGAUGAUUUAUUGUCAUUAUUUGACCCCCCCAAAAUCCUUCAUUUACCAGAAACCUGGACAAAAAAUGAAUUAAUCAGCAACGGAUGCACAGUGUUAGAAUUAUCGUCCCGUUAUUAAAGGAAGAUAAACUCCAGAAGUGUUUUGAGCAUGGCUCAUGAUUUUACCCCCCACAGUGUCUCCGUUCCUCUCGUUCCUCUCGGCAGGUGCUGAGCCGUUCCUCUAAAGUCCCGAUCAGAAAUCACUGCCACAACAAAACCCUCAGAACAGCAAAUCCUGACCAAACAAACCGCCUCCCUACGUCUCUGAUCAGUGGAUCUUCCUUCAGCUCCGUUUGUAAUUUCUGCUGCUCGUUUUUCUGAUGAGGACUUUUCAGCGGCGGCUCGUUUUCAAGCCCACGUUAAGAUUACGGUUUUGUACCUGCACCUAUAAUUAUUAUUAUUAUUAUUAUUAUUAUGUCUUCUUUUCAUUUUCAUUUUUAUUGUUCAGUCACAAAAUAAAACUGUGAUGAUACCUGUU